CCGCACGCUACACCACUUUUCCCCGCAAUAUGCUUGUUUUCUGAUUUGAUACGUUUAAACCUUGGAAUGCGUUGAAUUCUAACUAAUUGGCCAAAUUAGGAAUGUACAGCCGCUUAUCUGGAGGGAGGGGUCCUUCCGUUCCAGGCCGGAUAUCAAUGGCUUUAAAGUCCCCCGUCUAGCUAUAACUUGAGCCAACAUUCUUCGUCGAUUUCUCUUCCUAUUUGUGUCGUUGAUAUUGUAAAUACCCUCACAUAUUUGCGCAGUGUCUACUUGUUCAUAUUCAAAAUGGUUUUCCUACUUGAUUAUUUCCAACACAGGAGGGAUUGUCAAUUCAAACAAGCAGAACGAACUCAACGAAUACAAAGCCUCACGAGUUAUCAUGGAGCAUUUACCAAUCCAGAAAGACAAGUUCUCUCGAAACCCAUUGAGGAACUAGUCAAAGAUGUUCACAAUCAAGCUAUCCAACCAAUUGAUAUCCUUCGAGCAUACGGAAAAGCUGCAAUCAAAGCUCAUGAGAAAACAAAUUGUGUAACGGAAGUUAUGAUUGACGCUGCUGAAGGUUGGACUACAGAUGGAAGUAUUAAUUUCAAGGGGCCAUUAGCAGGUAUCCCUAUAAGUCUAAAGGAUUCAAUUGUAGUUGGUGGUUUCGAUACAACCGUAGGAUACAGUAGCAAUGUUGGUAACAAGGUAGAGAGGGAUGGAACCAUGGUGAGGAUAUUGAAAGAUGCUGGAGCCAUUCCAUAUGUCAAGACAAAUCUUCCCAUUACAUUACUAAGUUUCGAAUCAACAAACGAUCUUUGGGGACGAUGCACAAAUCCUCAUAAUAACAAAUACUCGCCAGGUGGAUCUACCGGUGGUGAAUCUGCUUUAUUAGCAGCUGGUGGUGGAAGGAUUGGAAUUGGUUCAGAUGUUGCUGGAUCAGUUAGAGUUCCAGCGCAUUUCUCGGGAAUCUAUAGUUUGAGGUGCUCAACUGGAAGAUGGCCGAAGAAUGGUAUGUGCACAAGUAUGCCAGGUCAAGAAGGUAUUCCUAGUGUGUUUAGUCCCAUGACAAGAACUUUGGAAGACCUCUCAUAUUUCACAAAGUCUAUGAUUGGUAUGCAACCAUGGAAGUAUGAUCAUAGUGUCCACCCUAUUCCAUGGAGAAAGGAAGCAUGGAAGGAUUUCAGCGAAAAGAAGAAGUUUAGAGUUGGUGUACUAAGAACUGAUGGUGUUGUGGAUCCAAGUCCCGCUUGUAUGAGAGCUGUGGAUGAAGUGGUGGCUGUACUGGAAGAAGAUGGCCACGAAGUCUAUGAUGUUAAUCCACCAUCUCCAUACGAAGCACUUUAUCUUGGCUCACAACUUCUCAACGCUGAUGGUUGCAAGACAUUCAAAUCAUUCUUCAGAACUGGCGAAUGGGAAGAUCCUGGAGCAAAAGCAAUGAGCUUUCUUAUGUCAUUACCAAGUCCAUUCAAAUGGAUGUAUUGGGCCUGGGUCAAAUACGUUAGAAGAGAUGAUACUUGGGCUGGAUUGAUCAAGGAAUGGCAUGAGAAAUCUGCUUAUGAGCAAUGGAAACUCGUCGCCAAAAGAGAAGCUUACAAAGCUAAAUUCCAUGCUUGGUGGGAAGAAGAAGUGAAACUCGACUUCAUGAUCACUCCACCAAAUGCCACACCAGCGCUGCCUCACGACGGAAUGAAAGAUGCAGUCAGCAGUUGUGGUUACACUUUCUUAUUCAACUUGCUCGACUACACUGCAGGUAUUAUGCCUAUUACCCAUGUCGAUAAAGAACUCGAUCAACUCCCAUCCAAUUUUUCCCUUAAAUCUCUCAAUGGUGUCGCAUACGGUGCUUAUAAGCAUUACGACGCAAACGCUAUGCAUGGACUUCCGGUAGCGAUACAAGUGGUGGGUCAAAGAUUGGAAGAGGAAAAGGUUCUUGCUAUUAUGCAUAGGAUUGAAGAUUUAUUGGAUGAGGAUAAAUAUAAACUUUUGGAAAUCGAUUAAGAAGGUGAUCUUACGUAUGACUGCUUUUCAAGAGCGAACUCGGAGUUGGGAGGCAGGUCAUUGAAUAUUGAGCAUGUUUUUGACACGGUAGUGAGAUUUAGUUGAUAGAAUAGAUCAAUAUCUAAAAUACCCUCUAAAACUA